UCAGGUAGCGGCCAGCCUCCUCCUCUCCCACGAUGAUUGGCCCAAAUAAUAAUAACAAAUGACGCAAUCUUUAAAUCCCAUCGUGGCAUCGUACACAUUGCAUUUCUCGUCCUUUUAAUCCCGAGAGCGGUCAGUUUGAGGGAAAAGAGAGUGAGAGAGAGCAAAGGGAAGAGGAUGCGGGGCUGACGGACGCGAGACGAGACGAGACGAGAGAAGAGGGAAGGGUCAUAAUGCAGAGAGGAAGAAGAGCAAGAGGAGGAGGUCACCUGUGUAGUUAAGAUGAUGGAUCCAGACCUGAGUGACCUCCAAGAUGCUGUGUUGACCUUUGACCCAGCGGCAGUGAGGGCUGCGCUUGACAAGUACUGUGCUGCAUCCAAGGAGAGGCCAUGGUGUGGUGAGGACGGCUGCACACCACUCCACACCAUAUGCAAAUCAGGUGAGACCCACAUUCCACCCUGGCACUCCACCACUCCCUCAGACACACAGGAGGGAGUGGACCAGGUGGAGUGGGAACCUGCCCCCACUCCACCUGCCCCGCCAUGGAGUGGAGGGAGUGGAGGGGAGAGGCACCACAGACUCCGCAUGUGUGUUGUGUAUAUGCUGUGUGACGCUGGAGUGGAGGUGAAUGCUGUGGACGGCUGCGGACUUACACCACUUCACUAUGCUGCCAGGAGAGGUGACGCAGCCUUGUGUGACGCGCUGCUGCAGUGUGGCGCUGACCUGGAGGCACAGCAUGGGGGCCGACCGCUGUGGGUAGAAGUAGCAGCCGCAGCACAGAGGGAGAGAGAUGGAGAGGGAGAGAGAGAGACACAGCACGAAGAAGAGAGAGAAACAGACAAGAUUAAAGUCAAGAAUGAGAGGAACAGAAAAAAGCAAGAAGAAAUGGAGAUAUAUGGAGAUGGAGACAAGUUUGGAGAGAGUAAAGAGGACAAAGUUGAAGGAAGCAAACAAGAGGAGACCAUUGUUAUUCCUCCUCCUGGCCGCCCUCACUGCCCCGCCCAGGCUGUGUGUAGGCUGUUCAGGUUCUACUGGCCGGGGCUGUGGCGUGCUGUGGCCGAGGAGGAUGUGAACAAGGUGCGGCAGCUGGUCAAUGCGUGGUGCAAGGUGGAUCUGCGGCGAGGCGGGGUGACACUGCUGGAGGCGGCUCAGAGCACCACCAAUGAGACCAUCACCUCCCUGCUGCUCUCCAUCCAGCCCUCCCUGGCCCUGGUCCACUCCUGCCUGGCUGACAACCUCCCAGCCAUCCGUGCCUUGCUUUCCUCACCCGCCCGAUCCAGACUCAACCUGGAUAUCCGCCGCCUGAGUGAACGUGCUGCCCCUCUGCUGUACUUUGUGGUGCGCUCCGGCCACCACCGUACUGCUGGGGAGCUGUGCCGCCACGGAGCCUCCUGCCUGGCCCACAUGCUGCCUGAUGGGGUGGAGACAGGACGCAGCCAGCCAGAGUCAGCCGUGGUGUUUGAGGCGCUGGAGCCGUGGCUGCCCUCCGAGGUGCUGGCCAAUAUCCUGCCGGCCCCAGGCUCCCCGCAGGCCCAGGUGCUGGCCCGGGCCUGCAGCAGUGGCGGUGGUAGUGUUCUCAGGGUGGCUGUGGAGAAGGGAGUGUCGGCCCAAGCUGUGCAGGCGCUGGUGUGUGUUGGAGGGCCAGUGCUGGUGUGUGAGCGUGACCCAGCCGGCCUCACCCCACACGACCUGGCCAUCAGACUAGGCCAGCCACACCUCGCCCGGCUCCUGGACACCCACACCACCACUUGGCUGGCCACUCCCACCCCCCACACCUGCCGCACCACCCUAGCCCUGGGGGGGUACGGCCGGCUGGGGUCACUGGCUGCUGCUGCUGGGGAGGUGGCUGAAGGAGGCAUGCAGGAGGUGAAGGGGUUCCUGGAAGAGUAUUGGAAAUGUCAGGCAUUCUUGGCGCGGGUGUUUGCAGCAGUGGGGGAGGCUGCAGGGGAGACAGUGGUGGCUGAGGUGGUGCGAGACUACCACAGCGACACCUUUCACCUCCCAGAUGUGCUGUGGAGGGGCCGCCUGCAGGGUGAUGGCAUGCCCUUACUUCACUGGGCAGUCCUCCACGGCCACCUGCCAGCACUGCAUCUUAUCCUCAAGCCUCCCCAGGGCACCGGCUCACCCCCACACCCUCCCCUCACCACCAGGUUCUGCCCAGAUGAGGUGAGGGACCCCUGGCGCCGCACUGCCCUUCACUAUGCACUCGCUCUGCAGGGAGGAGGUGCUCUUGUUGCCACCUUGCUGGAUGCUGGAUGCUCUGAACACACUCUGGACAUGUAUGGCCGUGAACCGCUGGACUUCCGAGAUGUGAGAGGAAGUCCCGCCAUGGAGAACUUGUUGGAGAAUCUCAGGAAUAAGGUGUACGGAGACCCCCGCCCCGACCCCUGGGACCCCGAGGUGUUGCACUCCCACCUGCAACACCUGAGGAGGCAACGUUUCCACCACCACCAACACCAUCAACAACAUCACCACCACCACCAUCACCACCACCACCACCACAACCAUAAAUUCCCCACACCACCUUCAAGUGACUUCUGUUGGCCUCUCCCUCACCCAGCAGGAGAGGAGGAAGAGGAAGAGGAAGAGGAGAGGAAGGUGGAUGGCGUGUGUGUGUGGUGAUGUGAAGUGUGUGUGUGUGUGUGUGUGUGUGUGUGUGUGUGUGUGUGUGUGUGUGUGUGUGUGUGUGUGGUGGAUGAAGAUAUAGUUAGGUAGUUAAACAUUUAGACUGAAAACGUGAAAAAAAUAAAUACUUACAAGGUCUACCUGAAGAGAAACGCACAAUUCUGUUUUUCUUUUUUUUUUUUCUUUUUUUUUAUUUGUUAGAUCAAUUACUAGUUAAGAGAUGUGAAUUUUUUUUACUUAUUUAUUUUUUUUACUUAUACCAUGUAGGCUUUUUUUUCAUAGGAAUUUAUGUGCUAAAGGGGGUAUUUUUUGUGGUACCUCCUAUCUCAAAGCCCACCCGCUAGGAAACCAUUGCCCUGAGUGAGGAAGCCCAACCUACACUCGGACCGUGGACAGGAUUCGAACCCGUGCACUUGGAGACCCCUCGGACCCCAAAGCACGCAUGGUUCCGCUAUAGAUAGAAACAGAUUGACUUGUUGGAUCUAAAUAAGCCAAAGUGUUGUCUUACCUCUUGCUUUUACCUCGUUUAACUCUCUUUUGCACCUUUUCUCUAUCUCUCACUCCUUUUUUACUUUCUUUCAGCACUCUUCCUCUGUCUUACAUUCAUUUUUACUCCCUUUCAGCACUUUUCUCUAUCUCACAUUGAUUUUCACUCUCUUUAGCACCUUUUCUUUAUAUUACAUUACACUCUUACUCUAUCUUGCAUUCUUUCUCACUCUCUUUUAGCACUCUUACUCUAUCUCACAGUUUUUUUUUUUUACUCUUUCAGCACUCUUACUCUAUCUUGCAUUCAUUUUCACUUUUUAACAUCCUUCGUCAAUUUUAAUCUUCUAGUUGCACUUCCUUUCUCUCUCUUUCAGCACCUUUCCUCAAUCUCAAAUCUUCUGGUUACACUCUUACUCUUCAGCACCCUUCUUUAAUCUUAUAUUUUUCCUUCUCCAGUAUCAAAUCUUUCCUCAGUCUCAUUUCCUUCCUUCCUUCCUUCCUCAUUCUUACAUCCUUCCUUCUUCAGUCUUACAUUCUUCCUUCCUCAGUGUUACAGCUUUCCUUCCUCAGUCUUAUGCCCUUCCUCUCUAGUCAUAUGUCCUUCCUUCCCUAUCCUCAAUCUUAUGUCCUUUUCUUGUACGUCAGGAGCAUGAUAGAAAAGGUCUCAUAUUUACUAAGUGUUUGGGUGUUGAUAUUUUAUAAGGAAUGUUUGUCUUGUAUUAUUUCUCAACAGAUUCAAGUCAUUCAGGUUUAUGAGUGUGUUUUGUGGUUAUUAAUAGUGUAAUGUAGUUGUUUGCAUUGUAUUUGUGCUUAUUUUUCUUUUCCGAUGUCAGUUUUUAGUGUUUUAGUGUAAGGAUAAUUGUUAGGGUCAUCUUGUACUCUUCUACAAUAGUCUUUCACCUUUGGAUUGAUGUGGCUCAUCACAGACAGUCUUGUAAAGGUCAAUAGAUAUGCUGCUGUCUGUUCCACCAUAGCUAGUUGUCAUCACUAUAUUUGUCACCACCACCAUCACUCCUAGCUAUGUUUUUUAAUCUUUUUUUUACAAUGUCAUCACCAUUGCCAAUGCAAAGUCUGUGUAUCAUAGACAUCACUUUUCAUCACCUCUUCACUAGUAAUCACCACCAUAAGCUUUGUCAUCACUGUGACAUAUCAUCACCAUCAUGCAUUGCUAUCACCAUCACUUGUCACCACCACCACUGCCAUCACAAUCAGUGUAGCUUUUAACACCACCACAACCACCAUGAUCAUCACCACUAUAGUCACCCCCAUCAUCACCACCACCACUGCUAGUCACUCACACAAAGGUAGAGAAGAUGUAUGAUUAAAAGUAGAUAGCAAAGGUUUAUAAUUGUCAAGAUAUAGAGAGAAAUAUAAGAGCAUUAGAGAUGAACAGAAAAAACACACAAUUCUUGAAGUCUCACCCAAUACAGUUUAUUAAUGAACUCCUUCAGUACUGGGAUGCAUUUUUACCAUGAGUUUUAGUUACAAUUUUUAUUUACUUUAGGAAGGGUCUAUGGAGUUCAAAAGAUUAGUGGCCAGAGUCUACACUAUUCUGAUCCCCACAUAAGUUUUUGAAGCUGUAUAAAAUUGCCAAAUAGUAAGAAAAAUUAAUAUGAAAAUGUGUCAUGCUACUGAAGGGGUUAAGGGCUACUGAGGACUGUGUUGUGUAGUCUGAUGUAGGGUGAUGAAGAGGAAGUAGUCGAAGGAGAGGUAGCUUAGCCCUUCCAUCUGUAGAGUUUAGUUGUAGUGGAAGAAAAUAAAAGGAGGUUAAUGGAUGUACUUCAAAGUUUGUUCAGGAUAGAAGCAUUUUAUGUGUGUGUUUGAAGCUACAGGUGAACUUUUGAACUUUUUGCAUUAUUAAGAUGAUAGAACUGAGUCUAAGAGAAUAAGGGAAGUUUUAAGAGCCAUCAGUCCUACACAUGACAGUUGUAGUGUAAAAUAUGCCUACCUAUCUCCACCUAACAUUCUCAUCCUUAAUUAUUUCCACCUAUCAUUCUCAUCCUAAAUUAUUUCCAUUAUCAUUCUUAUCCUAAAUUAUUUCCACCUGUCAUUCUCACCCUUAAUUAUAUCCACCUAUCAUCCUUAUCCUUAAUUAUUUCCAUCUGUCAUCCUCAUCCUAAAUUAUUUCUACCUAUCAUCCUCAUCCUAAAUUAUUUCCACUUAUCAUUCUCAUCUUUAAUUAUUUCCACUAUCAUUCUCAUCCUAAAUUCUUGUGUAGCUUGUAAAGCUUCCUAAUGACUGUUCCAUUCAUCUACCAGUCUAUUUAAGAACCAAAUCCUUCCUGUUCUUUUUUUUUUUUUUUUUUUUUAUCUAACUUUAUCAAGUUUGGAUCCAGUGUUUCUUGUUCCUUCCUUACCACUGCUUAGGAUGAGCAAGAACACUCACGGACACCAGAUUGAGUGGCCAAGUGAAUAUUUGUGAUUGUUACACAUGCAAACACAUUUUCUCAGAGUUAAUGAUAUGUAUUUCCUUUCAUUUUAGUGUUUUCUUCUCAGAUUUUAAUGAAACUUUGAUGCAAUUGAUAUGUGAUUGACUUGAAUGAUUAAUGUUGGUGGUAUACAACCUGUACAGAUUGUCAGGAAUGUUUCUUUUAUUGUUUGUAUGUACAGGCAAUUAUGAAUCUAUUUGGUCAUUGUUUCAGUAAUUGUUAUAUGAAAAGGCUGUUAUAAAUACCCAUUUUACCAUAAUGUCAGCAUUACUUGUAUGUACAAUGAGUUAUAAAUAUCUAUUUUAGC